ACGGCUUCAUCGACAGCUGCGAUUAUCAAGUCUUUAUCUGAGGAUGUCCAAUCUUGAACCAGUCUUUGCCUAUUGAUCUAAAGAGUGUCAUGAUUCACAACCACUGAUCAGAGAAGACGCUCCUAAUAAGAGAGAAAGAUUUAUCGCAACCACCAUGCCCAACUUUAGUAGGUGCUUCUUUAUGACGCUUGACCAGGACAACUUGCCACCAUCAAAGACUUUCCAUAUUGACAUGAUUGUGAUUAUCAUCAGUUCUGUGUUUAGUGUCAUCGCAACAACAUCAAAUGCGAUAGUUAUAGCGAUAAUCUGCUCUACGCCCUCACUGAGGACCCCAUCAUAUGCAGUACUGUGUUGCCUUGCCCUCAGUGAUCUCCUCGUGGGAUUGAUUGUUCAACCUUUAGUAAUUAUUGUCAAGGUCGGUGCGAUUUUUGGAUCGUUCAGCUGUAGGUUUUGGACACUCAAAGAAGCCAUUUCCUGGACACUCUCUGGUGUAUCUUUUCUCGCCGUGGUCUUGGUGAGCGUUGAACGCUUUCUUGCCCUCUAUCUCCACCUGAAAUACGUCCAGCUUGUCACUAUUCGCCGAGCUUGCUUAACAUAUAUCAGCUUUUAUCCUCUAAGUAUAUUCGCAGUUAGCCUUUGGCUUGCUGGAGUCGAUGAGAAGAAGAUGGGAAUUCUAGUAGCCGUUAUGACAACUGUUUCUUUAUCUGUUAUCAUGGUCAUUCAGUAUAAAAUUUACCGGCUUGUUAGACGGCACCAACGGCAAAUUCAGCAGCAAGUCGAUGCCGUUAGCCAAGCCUCGAACGCCCAGAAAACUCAAAGGCUUGACAUAAACAAAUACAAGAAAUCUACAUCCACAAUCAUGUUUGUAGUAUUGUUAUCAGUGUUACUGUAUAUGCCGUGCAUAUGCACCAAGGCUGUGCUGUCAAUCAAAGGCUUCACUGAGGAUGUCAACCAUGCCUAUGAUAUAACCUGGUGCUUUCUUUACAUUAAUUCGUCUAUAAACCCCUGCAUUUACUGCCUACGAAUGAAGGAAAUCAAACAGGUCUUUCUGCGCCACGUUAGAAAAUACUUGCCCUGCUUAAUAUGCUCAUAACCUCGCAUAAAUACUCAUCCCAUUUGGAGUUCGCCUUUGCUCAGUCUUAGCCUCGAUUGUGUACAAAUGUGUUCUUUUCUUUCAUCAAGGUUCAUUGUAUAGUAACGUACGUACUAUGGAAAAAAUAUGACGAGUUGAUUAGGAUGCCACGGGUUUUAGUUGAAUAGCUGAAUAUUAUAAUAGACAACCGAGACUAAGGCUGAGCAAAGAGAACUCGAAACUAGACUAUUCACCGCAUAGUUUGUCGUCUUCAAUGGAUGUGGAAACGGAGAGGAGGGGGGUUUAGCUAGUGGCCUUGGCCCACCCCCCUCCCCCCAAUUUUCAAGAAUUCGAGAAUCGACAUGCUUUUCGGUUAUUUGACCAAGUUCUUUUUGAAUAUUUCCUGCUAUCUUAUCUGUGAUUAUCGCUUAAAUUUCACUGGCUGAAAGCCAUGCGGAAUAAAAAGCCCUCAGCGCAGUAUUUUGCCCAAGACAACGGCAAAUCCCCCUCCCCGCUUAAACCUUCCAAGUCGAGUUUUAUACCUAACCAGGUGACUCGAUCGACAAAACUAGCCUUGACAUAUUGUAAUGUCCAAGUCAUUCAUGUCCAGAAAGAAAAUUGUCACGAAAAUGUCCAGAAAAACUGAAAGAGCCAGUUAUUAAAUUGACGUAUUUAUUUGCCUAUCUUCAUUUUUCUUAGUUUAUAGAUUGAUAUGAAUAAUAAAAAUUGUGAUCGUACAACUAUUGUGUCUUAGGAAUUUUAAAACUCACUCUCAAGCUUUAAUGCAAUGAGUAUAGCUAGUACUUUGUCAAAAAUCCUGAAACGCUAAGAGGACUGAGAAAUAGCAUGGGGACAGAGAAGGCAGUGGUACUUGUAUUACGGGGACACCUUCGAGGCUUUGCUUAGUG